AUGGGAUCUGCCGCGGUCAUUCCUAUUACUCGCAUUCCAUCAACAAGUGGAGUUUGCGCUUCCAGGAGAAGCAAUGAAGGCUCGACUGAUAGCCCAGGGGAAGCGACAGAAGAAUAUCCAGAAGGCGGUUUCAGAGCAUGGAUGGUUGUGUUGGGGGCUUGGUGUGCAAUGAUUCCAUCAAUGGGAAUGUUGAACUCAUUGGCAAUCCUGGAAGCGUGGUUAAGCGAACAUGACCUACAAGGAAUUCCGAAAUCUGCAACAGGCUGGGUCUUGAGUACCUAUGCGUUUUUCCUAUUUUUCUGCGGCGCACAAAUUGGUCCGAUCUUUGACUCCUGUGAUAUCAGGUGGCUCAUUAUUCCUGGCUCGGUAGGAAUGAUUGCUUCAAUGAUCUGCAUGAGCUUCUCUCGAGAAUUCUACCAAUAUCUGCUCUCAUUUGGUGUUCUUGGGGGGAUUUCAGCUUCCUUUCUCUACAACCCGGGGCUGUCCACAGUCGGUCAUUGGUUUCAGAAAAGACGCGGACUUGCCACAUGCAUUGCUUGUACAUCAGGCGGCAUCGGAGGUGUUUGGAUUCCUCUCGUGAUACUUUACCUUGCACCCCGUGUUGGUUUUCCUUGGGCCAUCCGAGUGGUAGCCUUGAUAAGUGCAAUCCAUCUAGCAGUCGCAUGUUGUCUAUUACGCCAGCGACUACCUCCAAACAAGAAAGCAGGUUCUUCCAUUGACCUCAAAGCUUUAGCAGACCCAAUGUACGGCACAAUUACGUUAGCGCUGGUCCUCGUCGAAUUCUCCAUUUUCAUCCCGAUUUCAUAUAUAUCGUCAUACGGCCUUCAAUCUGGAUUCAGUCACCAUCAAGCUUACAUGUUAAAUGCUUAUCUGAACGCCGGUGCCAUCCCAGGCCGAGCCCUCCCAGGUUAUGUCGCAGACCGGUUUGGAGUCAUGAACACAAUGUGCGCAAUCUCCUUCUUCUGCAUGAUUUUUAUUUUCUGCCUGUGGUAUACCGCAUAUGGAAAUCAGUCCAUGACUAUAUCUUUCGCAGUCCUUUUUGGAUUCUGGUCAGGAGCAUCUGUCAGUUUGGCGCCAGUAGGCAUCGGACUGGUCUGCAAGACCGAGGAUUACGGGAAGCGAAAUGGCACGGCGUACACACUGGCCAGUUUUGGUACACUUAUUGGAAUCCCCAUUGGUGGUGCUCUCCUGGGAGCUGAAGGCAAAGCAUUUCAGGGGUUGAUUAUCUUCAGUGGAGUAUCAUACGUCUUUACUUUAGGAGCUUAUGUUCUUGGUCGUGGUCUCUUGAGUCGUUGGAGACUUUCAACAAUAUGCUAG